AUGGACGAUGGACCAGUGCCCAAGCUGUCGGACCUGCUUCGACACCCAGACGACCUCGACCGCAUCCCCGCGCUCAAGCUCGAGUUCUCGCGCAAAAAGGGCGCCGUCGAUGGCCAGCUGCGCAGCGGGCUCCGCGAGCAGCUCGAGACGACGCAGUCGGGCAUGACGGGCCUCGGCGACGGCCAAAAGUCGGUGCAGCUCAUCAAGGAGGAAAUGGUCAAGAUCGACCGGCUCUGCUCCGAGUCGCAGACCAUGAUCGCCGACUUUGCCAGCAUCAACCUCGUGUCGCAGGCCCACCGCAACUUUGCCGCCGUCGAGACGAUGCGCCGCGACCUCGAGACCUUCAACGACCGGCUGACCGUGGUGGAGCGCAUGCUGCGCGACGACGACGAGGACCGCGAGAACAUGCCCAACCUGCUGCCGUGCCACCACGAGCUGACGCAGCUGCGCAACAUCCGCGACGACGCCAUGGAGCAGAUCCGCCGCGCCGACGACGCCGGGCUCGAGUCGACCCUGGCCGACUACUUUGCCCGCCUCGACGACACCAUCGACUGGUUCGACGAGCACGUCGGCCUGCUGGCCAUGAACCUCGUCGGCCUCGUCGUCAACGACAACAACGGCCUCGUCGUGCGCUUCGCCCUGGUCAUGGAGGCCGAGGAGCGCAGCGACCGCCGCGUGGCCGCCCUGCACGAGGCCCUCAAGGACCACGAGGAGAUGGCCACGCGCUUCCAGAACAUGACGCACGGCGGCGCCAAAAAGGUGCGCGGCUACAAGCAAAAGUUCCUGCAGGCCAUCCGCCUCGCCGCCGAGCAGCAGUUUGAGCAGGCCCGCGACGAGUUCCUCGACGACGCCGCCCAGCUCGACGCCACCAUGCGCUGGUACUUCAACGACCUCAACGCCGUGCGCGUCGGCAUGGCGCCGCUCACCCCGCGCCGCUGGCGCAUCGGCAAGACGUACGCCGACAUCUACCACCAGCUCAUGCACGACUUCCUCGUCGGCCUGGUCGACGACCCGCGCGCCAGCUCCGCUCACACCCUCGAGAUCAUCGGCUUCCCCGAAAAGUACUACCGCAAGAUGGCCAAGAUGGGCUACCGCCCCGACGACCUGGCGCCCCACGUCCUCGACAACCGCGAGGCCGAGCUGGUCCGCGACUUUCGCCAGCUCAUCAUCCGCUUCCUGGACGAGUGGAUCGACCGCAUCUUUGCCCAGGACCGCCGCGACUUUGCCGAGCGCGGCGGCGUCGAGGGCUCCAACCUCGACCAGGACGAGUACGGCUACCUGCGCACCCGCAACCUGGUGGCCACCUGGCGCAUGCUGCGCGAGCAGCUCGACGCCGCCGCCAACUCGCGCCGCGCCGACGUCGUCGAGGGCGUCGUCGACGCCAUGUUCCUGCGCCUGCGCGCCCGCCAGCAGGCCUGGCAGCGCAUGCUCGACGACGAGGCCGCGCGCUACGUGGCCGCGCGCUACGAGGCCGGCCGCGCUUCUUCCUCCUCCUCCUCCGCCGCCGCCGCCGCCUCCGCCUCCGCCUCCGCACCCGCCUCCUCCUCGUUGCCCGCCGAUCUGGAGGGCGGCUUCCAGGCCCUGCAGGACUGGCUGGUGGCCACGGCCAACGACCAGAUUGCCUGCAUCGACGACCGCGACGACGAGGCCGCCGGCGCCGGCGACGACGCCGUUAGCAACAGCAACAGCAACAGCAACAACAACAACAACAACAACAACAACGGCGGUGACGGCGCCGCCCCCGCGCGCCUCGGCUACCUAUCCUCCUUUCGCCAAAAGUUCGAGCCCCACGUCACCGCCAACUACCUCGAGCGCGGCGAGCACGAGGUGGCUGCCCUGCGCGACGGCUACGUCGACUUCUCCACCUGGUGCAUCACCAAGUUCGCCCACCUCAUCUUCGCCGUCGACUUCAAGGCCGUCAUGCCCGACUUCUUCACCCCGCGCUGGUACGCCGCCACGGCCAUGAAGCAGAUGGUCGUCACCUUUGACGAGUACCUCGGCGACUACCGCCACCUGCUGCACCACUCGCUCGUCGACAUCUUCACCGAGAUCUUCGCCGACGAGCUGCUCAUCCGCUACCUGUCGGCCGUGCGCAACAAGGGCGCCCGCUUCCGCCGCCAGGACCCCUUCCGCGACAAGCUCUUCAACGACAUCGCCACCGCCUUCGACUACUUUGGCGCCCUGCCCAACCCGCACGUCGGGCGCUCCAUCAAGGACACCUGGCGCGUGACGGAGCCCUUCCUGGCGCUGCUGUCGUGCGACCGCGACGCCGUGGCCGACGAGUACGCCGCCUUCAAGACGGCCUACUGGGACCUGCACCUGUCGUGGGUCGAGGCCGUCCUGCGCGCCAGGGACGACUUUGAGCGCGGCAUGCUCAACGCCGUCAAGGCCCGCGCCGCGCAGCUGCAGGUCGCGAGGGGGCCCGACACCGUCAUGGGCAAGGUCAAGUAA